CUGCUGAAACUCUGAGGUAUCACUCAGCAGGAGAGAUCGCUUUUCACUGCUGCCACAAAAGGAGGAGGAGGAGUUAGCAGCAUAAAUAUUACUAAGGCAGCCAAUACGGCGCACACCUCCUCUGCACUCCUCUGAAUGGACGCCCUCCUCUCCACUUCUGCUGGAGUGUGUGGUGACAGAGCAGAGGGAAGGAGUGUGUGAAGACUGCGUGGACAUGUCAUAGUUCCCUCUGGAAGGCUGAUUCAUCCGGUCGGACACCACAAUGAGGAGCUGGUUCAGAGCUUUGCCCCUUCUGACCCUGUGGGUGGUCUACUCCGAGGCUUGGUUCUGGUCCUGGAGUGAGACCGGCACAACGUUGGCGCCCAGGUUGGAACUGGAGGGUUCUGGCAUUGCGACAGGUAGCGGCGAGCCUCCAUCUGAGAGCAGCACCGCAGCUGGAGCAGAGAUCAUUGAUGAAGGACACGUGCUCCAAACAGUUGGGCAGACUUGGGAUGAGACCACUGAAGGUCCUCGAGUGACGACUGUAGUUCCUUCAACGCUACCAGACAGGGGGCGUGGAGUGGGACAAGCCACCGCAGGGAUAACAUCACGCAGGAGUAAACCCGAAGACAGCGGCGUGUCGCUGCUGCAGCUGAUUGGCGAUCCUCCUCCAGAGAAGAUCCAGGAGGUGGAUGGCCCGGACAACAGCCCCGCCUACCUGUUCGGCCCAGACUCCGCCACGGGCCAGCUGGCCCGCGCCCACUUCCCCAACCCCUUCUACAGGAACUUCGCUCUCAUCUUCAGCCUGAAGCCCACAUCCGAUGACGGCGGCAUCGUCUUCUCCAUCACCGACUCUUCGCAGCAGAUCAUUCACGUUGGCGUCAAGCUGUCGGCUGUUCAGGGAUCGGAGCAAAACGUCAUUUUGUUCUACAGCGAGGCCGACGCCCCACAGUCCAAAGAGGCGGCCAGGUUCCGCGUGCCGUCCAUGACGAACACCUGGAACCGCUUCGCGGUGGCUGUAAAGGACGACAAGGCCAUGCUGUACCUGAACUGUGACGUGGAGCCGCAGGUGAUGCGGAUGGAGCGAUCAUAUUGGCAGCUGGAGCUGCAGUCGGGGUCUGGGGUGUUUGUGGGCCAGGCUGGAGGGGAGCAUCCUGACAAAUUUAAGGGUGCCAUCAGCGAGCUGCGGGUGGUGGGAGACACCAGCGUCGCAGCGCGGUUCUGCGAGGAGGAUGACGACUCCGAUAUGGCUUCAGGAGAAGGAAGUGGCUACGGAGAAACCAGACGGCCAAAACCUUUCAGUGAGAAACCUCAACAGACGAGAGCCGAUGAAUCUCUUCCUCCAAUCCAACAGCCGCCGCUGGAGAGGCCCGGGCCACAACCCGGUGCAGCCGCUGCUAAAGGAGAGAAAGGCGACAGAGGAGAGAAAGGAGACCGGGGCCCGACGGGGCCGAAGGGAGAGCCAGGCUCCGGCUCCCAAGGGGGAAUCCGCGGAAUAAAGGGAGAACCAGGUGAAAAAGGAGCCAAGGGCAGUGCAGGUUUUGGGUAUCCGGGCUCAAAGGGUGAACCAGGCCCUCCCGGACCACCAGGGCCCCCUGGAUCUCCAGGAUCUGCAAGCGAGUAUUCAGUUGACCGAGAUGGGUCGGUUGUUUUGAAGGUUCCUGGGCCGCGUGGACCGCCUGGACCGGCAGGUCCUCAGGGGCCAGCAGGGGAAGAUGGAGAACCAGGUGAUCCCGGUGAAGAUGGAAAAACUGGGCCUCAGGGACCUCCAGGGUUUCCAGGAACUCCGGGUGACGCAGGAGUUAAAGGACAGAAGGGCGACCGUGGAGAGGGCCAGCCCGGCCCCAGAGGACCCCCGGGGCCUCCAGGACCACCGGGUACAGGAUACAGAUCUACAUUCGAGGACAUGGAGGCCUCUGGAUUCCCUGAUUUGGUCUCCGUUCGGGGACUUCCAGGUCCCCCAGGUCCUCCUGGUCCCCCAGGCCCUCCCGGUCUUCCCUCAGCAAGCACGUCCGUGAACACUGCCGCUUUUGGACCUCCAGGAAAAGAUGGAGCACCUGGCCAACCUGGUCUGCCUGGUUUACCUGGUGCCGAUGGUCUUCCAGGAGCUCCUGGCCCCAGGGGAGAAAAGGGGGAUUCAGGCGAUCUUGGACUCCCAGGAGCAAUUGGACAAAAGGGAUCUCUAGGAGAACCUGGUUUACCGGGAACUCCAGGAGAGCCUGGACUGGCUGGUCUGCCAGGACCCAUGGGACCAGUCGGUCCUCCUGGACCUCCUGGGCCUCCAGGACCAGGUCAUCGGGUUGGAUUUGAUGACAUGGAGGACUCCAGUGGGAUUUUCACUAAUGGACUUCCUGGUGUCAGAGGACCAGAAGGGAUACAGGGACCUCCUGGUUUACCUGGACACCCAGGUAAGCCCGGUUUCCCGGGUAUUGAGGGUCCAAAGGGUGAGCAGGGUCUGGCAGGAAGAGACGGACUGCCAGGCCUGGAUGGCUUCCCGGGACCGCCGGGACAAAAGGGUGACAGAGGUGACAAAGGAGAGACGGGCGAUCCGGGUCGAGAUGGAACCGGACUCCCAGGCCCACCUGGUCCACCUGGACCACCGGGGCAAAUCAUCUACCAGCCAUCUGAUAACGGAGUCGCUGGUUUACCUGGCAGAGCUGGAUUUCCUGGUCCUGUUGGACCAAAGGGGGACAGAGGUGACCCUGGUUCACCCGGUUAUGCCCUGAAGGGUGAAAAAGGGGAACCAGGCUUGAUAAUUGGACCAGAUGGAAAUCCUUUGUAUCUGGGAGGCCUGACAGGCAGCAAGGGAGACAGAGGACUGCAAGGACCUAUUGGACCUUCUGGCCCUCAGGGGCCUCCUGGACUGAAAGGUGAAAUAGGAAUGCCAGGAAGACCAGGUCGACCAGGAGUGAAUGGAUACAAGGGUGAGAAAGGAGAGCCAGGAGGCGGUGCAGGUUAUGGCUACCCGGGAGUUGCUGGCCCGCCAGGACCCCCAGGACCCCCCGGACCACCAGGUCCAGCUCUGGAUCGCUUUAAUCGCUUUGAUGAAAACUCCAGGGCUUACCAAGUGGUAAAGGGAGAAAAAGGAGAGCGUGGCGACCGCGGAUCUCCUGGGAUCCCAGGAACUGCGUCGAACUUCGAUAUCUACGCGUUUAAGAAUGAGCUGAAAGGAGACCAGGGAGAUCCGGGAGUGAAGGGGGAGAAAGGAGAGCCGGGUGGCGGAUACUACGACCCACGUUUUGGAGGACCAGUGGGCCCACCAGGACCUCCAGGAAACCCAGGAUUACCAGGUCCAAAGGGAGAGUCUAUAGCCGGGCCUGCUGGGCCACCAGGACCUUCUGGACCACCAGGUGUUGGCUACGAUGGCCGCCCAGGUCCAGCAGGACCACCUGGACCUCCAGGACCUCCUGGGAAUCCCUCAUUUUCUGGACCAUACAGACCUAAUUAUCCCGUCAGCGUUCCUGGACCUCCUGGCCCGCCAGGCCCCCCUGGAAGCCCUGGCGUCUCCUCUGGGGUGACGGUGUUGAGGUCAUAUGACAUCAUGAUUGCGACGGCCAGGCAGCAGCCGGAGGGAAGUCUCAUUUACAUCCUGGACAAAGCAGACCUCUAUCUGAGAGUGCGCGAUGGACUUCGACAAAUCCUACUCGGAGAUUACAGGACCUUCUUUGGAGAUCUGGGCAACGAGGUGGCAGAAGUGCAGCCCCCGCCGGUGGUCGUGUACCCCCACGCCCCAGACCGGACCUCCACCAACGGAGCGGGUCAUUACUCCCAGAGCAGCGUGGUUAUCCGACCCGUUGAACCCGCGCUGCGGCAGCCCAGCCCCCCCGUGGUGCCAGCUGCUGACUCGUCAGAACCAGCACUCCACCUUGUAGCGCUGAACGCGCCUCAGACCGGAAACAUGCGAGGGAUUCGCGGGGCGGACUUCCUGUGCUUCCAGCAGGCUCGCGCUGUUGGUCUGAAGGGAACGUUCAGAGCCUUCCUGUCCUCCAAGCUCCAAGACCUCUACACCAUCGUCCGCAGGUCAGACAGGAACGGAUUCCCCAUCAUGAACCUGAAGAACCAAGUGUUGUUCAGCAGCUGGGAGUCCAUCUUCAGUGAGGACAGCAACAAAAUGAGGGAGAAUGUACCGUUGUACUCGUUUGACGGCAGAGACAUCCUCAGGGACAGUGCAUGGCCAGAGAAGAUGGUCUGGCACGGAUCGAGCAAAAAGGGCCACCGGCAAAUGGAUCAUUACUGUGAAACGUGGCGGGCGGGCGAGCGCGCCGUGACGGGCCUGGCGUCGUCCCUGCAGAGCGGCCGCCUGCUGCAGCAGACGCCCAGCAGCUGCUCCGGCUCCUACAUCGUCCUCUGCAUCGAGAACGCCUUCACGUCGCCCUCCAAAUAAUAAAUCCACCCUCUGCGUUCAGGGCCCUCGCUAAAUACGUUUUUGUAAACUCAGCUGGUAAAUUUUUAUCCCCCUCCUUUUAAUUUUUAUGCCAACGCAGCUUGUAAGCAUCAGGACGAACUGCCCCCCGAGGGUUUUCCUGCCUGCCAGGACGGUCAGCAUCCAGAACGCUGAAGAAAAGGAUCCAGCAGGAAACUGUUGGUCCGUUAUCUCCAGAGCAGUGGCACAUAUUUUAUUUUAAGUGCAGAAAGUAACAUUCUCAAAUUAAUUUUUUUUUUUAAAUUCUGUAUAUUACAUGUUUGUUUUUUGUGUUUAUUUUGAUGUUAUCAAUGUUUUUUUGUCUUCAUCCAAUUUUUAGCAUUUCUUUUAGGAGUUGAGCUUUUACUUUUGUUUCCUCCUCUGCAGCAUAGAUGGGGGCCGUGGUGGGCACCGCUAGACCAUAGCUACGCUAAUCCUGAAGCGCCACUCAAACACGACUCACGCCAACGCUGAAGCACUAUCAGUUCAGUUUAUUUAUACAGGAACGCUUUCACAACAAAUGCUAAUGCUAAAGCUGCCGCAGAGCUGCAACCACCGUUCAACUGUCGCUUUGAUAAAUCAUUUUUCUAAUAGAUUUUUUUUCAUAAGCCUAAUUCAAGUGGAAGUUUACAAGACAGCCAACUAAAUUGGUGCUUAAGGAUUUAUCCAGAAAAAAUAUUUAGAAGCUUGUGCGCUAAAACCAAUCGUUAGCAAAACUGCUAACCACAGAAUUAGCUCGGCUGUUAGCGGGUUAGCAAGAAGAGUGCCCACCACUGGACUUGGGGUAACGGUGGAUUACAGCAAAUUUAUAAGGAUUAUUUUAAAAUAAAAAAAGAAAAUAGAUAUUUAUUUUUAAAUGAAGUUAUAAAAUGAAAACAAAUACUCAUUUUAUUUUCACACAUUAUAAAAAAGGAUUAAAACUGUGCCUUAUCUCACACCCCACCACUACAGGCUUUUCUGCUGAUAUUUUCCAGAAGCUGGUGCAUUUAACUGAAUCACAAUCAUUCAUGUUGGUCAUCCAGGGAACAAUGUUCUUAAUAUUUGUCAGGAAAACCAGCAUGUUGAGGUCAGUUUCAUACCUUUCCUGUGAAUAUGCUUUUUUUAACGACUGUACUGUUUCACCCAGGCACUGAAUUAAAGACUUUUUCAAUUA